GAAGUUUUGGUGCGGGAUCGCUGGCACAAAGUUCUGGUGAACUUGAGCGAGGACGCCCUGGUCCUGAGCUGCGAGGAGGGCGCGGUGGCGCACAACGGCCUCGGGGCGGCCACCAAUGGCUCAUUCUGCAGGGGCGCCGGGUCCCCGGGCGGCGCGCAGCCCCCGGACUCGCCGGCGAACGUCCGCACCGCCUUCACAGACCUGCCCGAGCAGGUGCCCGAGGCCAUCUCGAACCAGAAGCGCGGCGUGAAGGUGCUGAAGCAGGAGCUGGGCGGGCUGGGCAUCAGCAUCAAGGGGGGCAAGGAGAACAAGAUGCCCAUCCUCAUCAGCAAGAUCUUCAAGGGGCUGGCGGCGGACCAGACCCAAGCCCUCUACGUGGGCGACGCCAUCCUGUCCGUGAACGGGGCCGACCUGCGGGACGCCACGCACGACGAGGCGGUGCAGGCUCUGAAGCGCGCGGGCAAGGAAGUGCUGCUGGAAGUGAAGUACAUGCGUGAAGCCACGCCCUAUGUGAAGAAAGGCUCCCCAGUCUCGGAGAUUGGGUGGGAAACCCCUCCACCGGAAUCCCCUCGGCUAGGGGCUGGGGCCUCAGACUCCCUGUCCCCGCAGACCUUCUCCUUCCACAGAGACCGGAAAAGCAUCCCCCUCAAGAUGUGCUACAUCACGCGGAGCAUGGCCCUGGCUGACCCCGAGGACAGGCAGCUUGAAAUCCACUCCCCAGAUGCUAAGCACACGGUCAUCCUAAGAAGCAAAGAUUCAGCCACCGCCCAGGCCUGGUUCAGUGCCAUCCAUUCCAAUGUUAGUGACCUGCUGACCCGAGUGAUUGCCGAGGUCAGGCAGCAGCUGGGGAAGGCCGGCAUUGCCGGGAGCCGGGAGCUCAGGCAUCUGGGCUGGCUUGCAGAAAAGGUGCCAGGGGAGAAUGAGAAGCAGUGGAAGGCGGCCCUGGUGGUGCUGACUGAGAAGGACCUGUUAAUUUAUGACAGCAUGCCCCGGAGGAAGGAGGCCUGGUUCAGCCCGGUUCACACAUACCCCCUUCUUGCCACCAGGCUGGUUCACUCAGGUCCUGGGAAGGGGUCACCCCAGACUGGUGUGGAUCUGUCCUUUGCAACCCGAACUGGUACCAGACAAGGGAUUGAAACCCACCUCUUCAGGGCAGAGACCAGCCGAGACCUGUCCUACUGGACAAGGAGCAUAGUCCAGGGAUGUCACCACUCAGCUGAACUCAUUACAGAAAUCACCACUGCUUGCACCUAUAAAAACCAGGAUUGCCGUUUGACCAUACAUUAUGAGAAUGGAUUUUCCAUUACCACCGAACCACAGGAGGGUGCCUUUACCAAAACCAUCAUCCAGUCUCCUUACGAAAAGCUCAAGAUGUCUUCAGAUGAUGGGAUCAGGAUGCUGUACUUAGAUUUUGGCGGCAAGGAUGGCGAGAUUCAACUGGACCUUCAUUCUUGCCCCAAACCAAUUGUUUUCAUCAUUCAUUCAUUCCUGUCAGCUAAAAUAACAAGAUUGGGGCUGGUGGCUUGA